AAGUUGAUGCAACUCUGUGUUUUGAUUUGUGCAAUGGAGCAAAUAUAGUGUGACUAAUGCUUUAAUAUCUACUUAGUGGCUUUUGGGAGUGGAUCCAAGUUGUGGGCUGAAGGCUUUGCAUUCGUGCGUCUGGCACACCACCGGUGCACUAAACUAAACUGAAAGCCCCUUCCUGGAGAAGAAAAGCAUAUGCGACAGUGUGAGUGAAGGAUCAUACGUGGUAUGUCUAAGGCAGAUAUGACCCCAGCAAGGCUGCAAAGGCAGUGGGAAGACAAGGAAGUUGACUCAACGAAUCAAGUGGCAGAAGGAUGCAAUCAUAGUGUAUGUAAACUAGGCGACAACUUUCUUUGCACCCUUGCUGCAAAUUUCUCAACAUUGCGCAUUUGAAUACGACCUGCAAGCCAGACAGUCCAAUAUAUUUCGUCUGUUUAAAUUAAUUGAUUAAAACAACAAUAUUGGCUAUUUAGUUGCUGUUUUGAAACCUAUGCAAUGAUUUAAUCUUUCACAUGACUUCUACUUUUAUCAAUAGGGCUAUUGAGAUCUCAUUUGUACUGCGGCCAGUAACACUUGCACGCCUUGCCGAAAAUGUGAGUAUUUGGAUUGGAUUUCACCAAGAAAGGAAACGUGUCGCUGGAAUUAAGUUAAUAUGAACAUUUCGAAUAGUCUGCAAUGGUAACCGGGGAAUGUGGAACGACCAUGCAUCGAAUUCUACCGAGGAGAAAAGUGCGCCAACUUCGCUUCGUCUGGGCAUUCAUGGCCAUGGUGGCUCUGUCGGCCUCUGCCUGCAGCGCACUGUUUACGGCGUGGACCUGGAGACAGACGCAGGACCUGUCCCAGUCCUUAAAAACACUGCAAGACCGAUUGGAGCAGGUAAGUAGCCGUGCUAUGUAACAAUGUAACAAUUUUUCCAAUGCACUUUGUAUUGAAUGUGUUACACACUGUCACCAGUUAUUUUUUCAGUGAUAACAAUUUGGAGCUGUUGAAAUUACUGUUACGCAACUACUUUGUGUCUGGUGACUAGUGGUUACGGGAACCCUCGUGGGGGACUAUGGAAAAUGCAAAGCCACGUUCAUCCCCCUCUCCCUCUUCCUUCCAUCCUGCGGAGUUAAAUUGUUCACAAAUAGCGGGCCUCUUCACUGCUGGUGUCCUGCGGAUUCUGCGGACUGCAACAGAGGCCGUUUUAUUGCUUACCAAUAAGUGCACUCAAGCGGUGGAGUUAUUUUUUAUGCUGCGUCCACUGUCUCUCUGCCAAGUUGAAUCGUUCUACCGCCAGUUGUGUUCCAAUUUUAGCCCAAUUUACUGGAUCCCCUUGACUUUUUGUCUGACUUUGCACUGAAGGAUUGAGCUGCGUAAAACAGAGUAGGCCUAAUUGUGUGGCAAAAUGAUAUGCAGUAUGUAAAGCCCACUAAUUGCAGGUAGGCUAGGCUUCCACCAGUGGAAGAAUUCUGCAGUCCUAAUGGAAUCUGAAGUGAUGCUUUCUAAGGCAUAUUACACUGUAAUGGACCCUGUAUUACAUUGUGACAAUGCACCCAGCACUGGACUUUUAACACGAGUUGCUGGUCUUUUUAUUCAUUCAAAACUUUUCUUAUGAAUAAUACAUUAUGCAUGUUGCAGUCUUAGAUAGCCUACUCAUGCACUUAAUAUAUCUUAUGGUGGGGUUGACAGACCCAGUGGCCUGCUCCUGCCCAUCUGUCAACCCUUUUUGCUAGCACUCAAUGAGCCAGCCGGGACAGUUCAAGUCCCCAGUAAACGCAACCUCCAGUCCAGGCAGACUUCCUCAGUAGGUACUAUAUCAAAACCACCCCAUAGGCUGCACUGCCCAGCACACAGAGAAACAGUAGCUGUUUAUUGAAACCUACCUCUAGCCUCCCCCUCCAUCUCUCUCUCUAUUUCAAGCAAUAGGGCCCCUUUGGCAUAUAGUAGGCCCCAGUACUUCAGAAAGUACAAGUUCAACUUUGCAAGCUUGACACAUUUCAGUAGUGUUUUUUUCUUCCUGCUUCUCAGUCUCAGCAGGGGAGUUAAGAAAUGUGAGGAAUGCAGGGCACUAAAAACACGUAUUAGGUGUCGCAACCAGUUUAGGAGGAAGUGGUUGACAUAUUCUAAGCUUUGGCAUUGCAGUGGCAUACUGACAAAUACUUGGAGUCUGUUUGUUUAUGUGGUUUUGCAGAAAUCUUCUGUCUGUGUAAAUUCGCAGCAGGAGCCAAUUUGACAACUGUCAUAAUAAACUCAAUGGUCUCGCUCUUCCUUUCUCUCUCCCUUUCUGGCUUUACUUUUCUCUUCUCUCCUUUCUGCUCCAUCUCUUGUCUGUCUUGUUUUGCCUUCUCUUCCAUUUCUGCUCUGCUUUCAUUCUCCAUCAGUCUCCUUUCUACUCAUGCCCUUUCUCUCCCUUGUCCUCUCCUUCUCUCUCUUCCUUUCUUCUCUUCGUCCUUUCCUCUUCCCUUUCUCUCUCCCGUUUCUCCUCUUUCCUCUCCUUUCUCCCCUUCUCUCUUUCUUUCUCUCUCCCUUUCUCUCUCCCUUUCUCUCUCUCUCCCUUUCUCUCUUCCCUUUCUCUCUCCCUUUCUCUUCUCCCUCUCUCUUCCUUCUCUCUUCUCCUUUCUCUCUCCCUUUUCCCUCUCUCUCCUCUUCUCUCUCCCUUCUCUCUCCCUUCUCUCUCCUCUCCUCUUUCCUUCUCUCCCUUUCUCUCUCCUUUCUCUCUUCCUUUCUCUCUUCCUUUCUCUCUCCCUUUCUCUCCAUUUCUCUCUCCCUUUCUCUCUCCCUUUCUCGUUUUCAUGCUGUCUGUCUGUCCUGUCUGUCCCACUCUCUCUCCCUCUCUCUCUCUCUCUCUCUCUCUCUCUCUCUCUCUCUCUCUCUCUCUCUGCAACAGGUGAAUACUCAGCGCAAGACCAUUGUCCAACUCAUCAUGGAGAAGAGAGAGUUGCUGGUGGGCCAAAGGGUGAAGAGAGAUGGUACAUGCAUGUGUGCCUGCAUGCUGGUGUGUGUGAGACUGUGUGAGACUGUGUCUGUGUGCAUGCCGGCAAAAAAAAUGAUUCAUAUAGCACUACACCUCAUUUACACUCCACCGCAGACAAUGCCUCUUUCUCUGCCUCCCAAUCAUCAUACAUGCAAUACAUAAUCAACAAAAACCUAACGGUCACAAUAGAUCAGAGAUGAUAGAUCCCAUUGAUGGUGCUCUGCUCUGUUUUUUUUUUAUGGCGCAGCACAGUAUUUAACUACAGGGGAAUCUUGGCUCCGCAUGGCACCUUGGUUAGGCCCCAUGGGCACUCGCUGCCUGCUGCUAAAAGUUGACACAGGAAACAGUAGGCAGCUGGGUGACUGAUGCAGAAAUUACAGGUCUGCUCUGGACUGACGAGAACCCAGAGAAACCAUCUGGCAUGAGGAGGGAGACCACGUUGCACGCUUCAGGGACCUAAAGGGAUCUUUCCCCCGAUGAGACUGACAGCAGCUAUGAUUUGUUGAGAAAGAUUGAGCAUAUUGGCAAUUUUUUGAUGAUCAAGCAUUGGAUUAUAUAUAGGCUGUAAUACCUACAUGUUUCAAGCAGACCACCAUAGUCCCUGUGCCCAAGAACACCAAGUUAACUGUCUAAAUGACUAUUGCCCCGUAGCACUCACAUCUGUAGCCAUGAAAUCCUUUGAAAGGCUGUUCCUAUCACGUUUCAGAAGAAGACCCAGAUGCAGACAGUGUCGAAGUAACAAAAGUUUAUUACAAAAACAGGGGGCAGGCAAACGACAGGUCAAGGGCAGGCAGAAGUCAAUAAUCCAGAUCAGAGUCCAAAAGGUACAGAACGGCAGGCAGGCUCAGGGUCAGGGCAGGCAGAAUGGUCAAAACCGGGAAAACUACAAAACAGGAACUUGAGAAAUACAGGAGCAAGGGGAAAACCGCUGGUAGGCUUGAUGAAACAAAACGAACUGGCAACAGACAAACAGAGAACACAGGUAUAAAUACACUGGGGAUAAUGGGGAAGAUGGGCGACACCUGGAGGGGGGUGGAGACAAGCACAAAGACAGGUGAAACAGAUCAGGGUGUGACAGUUCCUGGCUCACAUCAACACCAUCAUCCCAGACACCCUUGACCCACUCCAAUUCCCAUACCGCCCCAACAGAUCCACAGAUGACGCAAUCUCUAUUGCACUCCACACUGCCCUUUCCCACCUGGACAAGAGGAACACCUGUGUGAGAAUGCUGUUCAUUAACUACAGCUCAGCGUUCAACACCAUGGUGCCCUCCAAGCUCAUCACUAAGCUAAGGACCCUUGGACUGAACACCUCCAUCUGCAACUGGAUCCUGGACUUCCUGACGGGCCGCCCCCAGGUGGUGAGGGUAAGCAACAACACAUCCGCCACACUGACCCUCAACACGGAGGCCCCUCAUGGGUGUGUGUUUAGUUCCCUCCUGUACUCCCUGUUCACUCACGACUGUGUGGCCGCGCACGACUCCAACACCAUCAUUAAGUUUGCCAACGACAUGACGGUGGUUGGCCUGAUCACAGACGACGAUGAGAAGCCUAUAGGGACCUGGCAGUGUGGUGCCAGGACAACAACCUCUCCCUCAACGUCAGCAAGACAAAGGAGCUGAUCGUGGACUACAGGAAACAGAGGGCCGAGCGCCCCCAUUUACUGUAGUGGAGCGGGUCGAGAGCUUCAAGUUCCUCUGAGUCCAAAUCACUAAGGAUCUAUCAUGGUCCACACACACAACACAGUCGUGAAGAGGGCAUGACAAUGCCUUUUCCCCCUCAGGAGGCUGAAAAGAUGUUGCAUGGGCCCUCAGAUCCUCAAAAAGUUACACAGCUGCACCAUUGAGAGCAUCUUGACUGGCUGCAUCACCACUUGGCAUGGCAACUGCUUGGCAUCCAACCACAAGGCGCUACAGAGGAUAGUGCGUAUGGUCCAGUACAUUACCGGGGCCGAGCUCCCUGCCAUCCAGGACCUCUAUACCAGGCGGUGUCAGAGGAAGGCCCUAAAUCAUAGACUGUUAUCUCUACUACCGCAUGGCAAGUGGUACCGAUGCACCAAGUCUGGAACCAACAGGACCCUGAACAGCUUCUACCCCCAAGCCAUAAGACUGCUACAUAGUAAGUCGCUCUGGAUAAGAGCGUCUGCUAAAUGACGUAAAUGUAAAUGUAAUAGUUAGCCAAAUAGCUACGUGGACUAUCUGCAUUAACCCUUUUUGCUCUAACUUUUUUGACUCAUCACAUAUGCUGCUGUUACUGUUUUCUUUCUCUCUGCAUUGUUGGGAAGGGCCCGUAAGUAAGCUUUUCCCUGUUAGUCUACACCAGUUUUUUUUACAAAGCAUGUGACUAAUAAAAUGUGAUUUGAUAACAUUUGAUUUGAGGAUAGACAGUGCACACGUCAUCUCUGUGCAUCGUGAAAUAAUGCUGAGGACGGGCAAUAGUAAACCUGGCUUGGAAAUCACUAGGAGGAGACUACUCAAGUCUCAAGAGUUGAUGCAUGUUCAGUUCAGAAGCAAGAUAUAUAUGAAACAAGGCAACAGUAAACACGUAAAUGACGGAUCUCUAUGGCAAGACACAUCAUUCACCCAAGUUGAAUCAAAAUCAGGCCAGUGGUGUCUGAGAUAUUUUGUGUGACUAACGCCCUUGUGCCAAUCAAUUUAGUAAAUGGCCGAUCUCUAUGGCAAAAUCGGGCCAGUGGUUUCUGAAAUAUCACGUGGGUUAGCUAGACUUAUAUCCCUGAGCAUGUGUGCCAAAUUCCAUCACUCUGAGUUAAACAGAUCAAGAGAUAUAAACACGUGUCCAUUAUAGCGCCACCGUCUUGAUAGUGUUUGCAACAUGUGCACCAAAUGUUGUUACAAUACGAAUAUCCUUGACUGAUUUAUAUGCAUUUAUGUGCCAGACCACGCCCACGUGAAUGUUUAUUGGUCUAUGUUGUUUUAGGUACUAGUGUGCAUUGUAUUGAGAGACCUUUGUCCAUAGAUGCAACAUGGCAAGACACAUUAUUCACCCAAGUUUCGUCAAAAUCAGGCCAGUACUGUCUGAGAUAUUGCGUGUGAUAAACUAACGUACUAACGAAUGGAGACAGAUCCAUAGUCCCCUCCCUGAUUUCAUUGUGGGGGACAAUUAUCCCCAAAUGAUGAAUGGCCACUAUUCCCAACAUUACAGUUAUAUGUGAACUUAGUUUUUGAUUGACAGCAUUAUCAAAAAACUGUAUCGCUUGAGGCUCACCCACAGAAAAUCCUAAUGCUAUGGGGUCACCCACCUGCUAGUCAUUUCAGCAGGGGCAAUAUUUUCCUAAGCUAAGCAGCCCCCCCAGUGUUCAAUGUUUGCCACUCUUUUCCACAACAUAUCCUACAGUGAAUACAUACUGUGUGUGUGUAGCCAGUAUCAAGGCCUGGAAUCACUCCCUGCAGGCCUGAGACUGGAGCUAAAACAAACCUCUGGAGAACAACGAGGCCUGUCUUACCCCCCUCUCUCCCACAGUUUUUGAGAUGGAUUUUAUUUAUUGUAUUUAUUUGAACGGUGGCCAUGGCUGUUGCUCUUGCCUAUUUUUCCUGAAAGGGCCUUUACAGUUCAUUUGGGUCAUAGGACAGCCAAAGGCCUCCCUCCCUCUCUCUUUCACUCUCUCCCUAACUGUCUUCUGUCUCUCACUUUCUCUCUUGCUUUCUCUCUCUCCAUCUGUGUGCCUCUCUCAUCUGUCUCUUUCCCUCUCCUCCCUUUCUCUCCCUUUCUCUCCCCUUAUCUCCCCUUCUCUACUCUUCUCUCUUAAUCUACUAUGUUUUAGUUGACUGGACCCAGCUGGCACAGAAAGUAGUGAGAACAGACAAGAGACAAAAGUAGGCUACACUUACUGAAAACAAGAAUAAAAAAAGACUGAUAUCCUAGCAGAGCAGAGCUGAGCAGAGCCGGAAGAGAGGAGAAAGGAAAUCCUUCUCCAUCUGUUAGAGCCGUUUGAGUAUUCAGGUGGUGGAUAAACGACCACAAAUUAAUACAUUAUGCUUGCUACGACACGCACCACAGCUGUGACAAACAAUAUUAUCUCCUCUAGUUGGAACGAAAACAAAAAAACCUCUGAAUUUUUCUCGUCUGUCAUAUUAACUAAUUAUUUCUUCAUUUUUCUCUCUGCAAGGGGGAACUGGGAAAGGGAAGAAUGGAAAUGGAAAGAAAGUGGCUUCUCAGUUUGAGAGUAAGUGACUUGGCAGAUCUUCAUAAUAGGUGCAUCCAUAAUGGCACCCUAAAAUGGCACCCUAUUCCCUAGAUAGUGCACUACUUUUGACCAGGGCUCUGGUCAAAUGUAGUGCACUAUAUAGGGAAUUGGGUGCCAUUUCAUACGCACCCACAGUGUUAUAAUGUAGCAUCUGUUGAAGUGGUUUGGAUUGGAUUUGGAUUAGCUAACAGUUCUAAAAUCCUAAUUCCACUUUUCCCUCUCUCUCUUUCCACUAGUAACCAAAGAGUCUGUUCAGAAAGGUAAGCUUUAUAAACGUGGAUGAUGACAUUUAUGAUGGAAAAGUUUUCUGGAUUUCUGGAAUUGGUCUCGUAAGAUCUCUGUCCCCGAUGACAGUGUUACAAACUGUAAAAAAUCAACCCUACACACACAAACCUACAGUAUAAAGAAAGAGAAAAUAAUUUGUUGUUAUAUUUAUGCGUGCACCGGUUCCUCCCUUUCAGUGCUUUAAAUGUGUGUGUGUGUUUGUGUUUCAGUGGGAGAGGACGGCUUAAUAAAGGGAUGGACGGACUCUGAUCACUUGAAUAUGAGCAAGGCGGUGAAGUACAACGCAGAUAGAGGCACCUUCACAGUGGAGAGAACUGGAGUCUACUUCCUGUACUGUCAGGUGAUCUUCUGGGAGUUGUAGUCUUGUGUCCACCUGUCAUCCGAAACUACAACUGUCAAACUACAUAGGCUUAAUCAAAUGCUGAUUGACCCCUGUUGGUCUGCUCUCUGCUUCUUCUUUCUUCGUUUUCUCCAUCUCUCUCUCUCCCUCCAUCUCUCUCUCACAGGUGUUGUUCAAUGAGAACCAGUCUCAGCUGGUGAAGCUGGACGUGGCGGUGGUGAGGGGGAGCCAGCGGCUUCAGAGGUUACAGUGCAUGGAGGGCUACGGCACUACGCCUGCAGCCGGAUCACACCAGUUCCACUUCCUCAAACCUUGCCAGGUGUCCGGCCUGCUGCGGCUGGAGAAGGGGGUGGAGCUAAUAGCCAUCACAGGCCCCACUUUCAGCCUCCACAUCACGGGAAAGCACUACUUCGGUCUGUUUAAGGUCAACUGAGCUGCCGGAGAGGAUGGAAAUGUUAAAAGGAAGGAGGGGAAAACUGUUUAAAGGAAAAGGUUUGUCUUACUCCGACCUGUAUCAGAGACACACCAAUGUGAUAUUUCUGGAUUCGUUUUUAUUGUGAAAUCUGGACCAACGAUCUGAAUCGUUGGAAUAACUAUAAAUCAUGUUACCUACAGACACUCUGUAUGAUA